UUUUUAUAUAUUUUCAGUCUUUUCAUGAUGUCUGGAAAAUCGCAUGUUCUUCACCAUUACGACCAAAAAUAGUAAUCCCAAGUGGAUAUUCUUUUCUAGUUCGACCAAUUGAUUUUGUUGGGCCUUGCCGGUCAAAGGUGUCUCUAUCAAUUGCAGGUUCAAUUGUUGCACCGAAAGAUCCUCAAGUCUGGGAUGGUUUGAAUCCACAUAAAUGGCUUUAUUUCUUUAAAGUGAAAUACCUGACUGUAGAAGGAGGAGGAACAGUUAACGGGAUGGGCCAGAAAUGGUGGUCUAGUUCAUGCAAAAUUAAUACAACCAAUCCCUGUCGACAUGCUCCAACAGCUAUGACUUUCCACAAAUGCAACAAUCUGAAAGUGAGGGACAUAAGGAUGUUAAAUAGUCAACAAAUGCAUAUAUCAAUUUCUAAAUGUAUACAUGUUGAAGUAUCACAUCUCAUAGUACAAGCACCAGCUAAGAGCCCUAACACAGAUGGAAUUCACAUAAGCUCAUCUAUACAUGUUGGUAUCAGAGAUAGCAGUAUUGGCACAGGAGAUGACUGUAUAUCUAUAGUGGGCAAUUCUUCAAGAAUCUUGGUCAAAAACAUUGCUUGUGGACCAGGCCAUGGUAUAAGCAUUGGAAGCUUGGGAAAGUCAAACUCAUGGUCUCAAGUGCACGAUGUCAGUGUUGAUGGAGCAUAUCUUUCCAACACAGAAAAUGGUGUUAGGAUAAAGACUUGGCAGGGAGGUAGUGGGUUUGUCAGAAAGAUUGCUUUUGCGAAUUUGUGGAUGGAAAAUGUGUCAAAUCCCAUUAUAAUAGAUCAAUAUUAUUGUGAUUCUCGACAGGCCUGCCCAAACCAGACUUUGGCUAUUAGCAUUAACAGUGUAUCCUUUGUGGGUAUUAGAGGAUCUUCAGCAACAAAAAAUGCAAUAACAUUUGCCUGCAGUGAUAGCUCCCCCUGUAGAAAUCUAUAUUUGGAAGAUAUCCAACUUGUUUCAUUUUUGGAGUUUCCCACAACAUCGUUUUGCUGGAAUGCAUAUGGCUCAACCUCAGGAUUAAACAAUCCCUCAUCUUGUUUUCCCUCUGGUGAAACCAUUAUUCAGCUUCCCACAGAAUUAUCCAACUUGAGCAAGUCCAUUUGAUCAUCUCUAUGUUCAAAUGUGUCGUUAUAUAUCCUAGGCAAAGCUAGCUUAAAUAUAAUGGUCAAGCAUGUGGAAACAAGUUGAUCAUGACUUACUGGUCAGCAGCAGGACCAAGUAGGAAAAAUGAGCAGUGUCUCAUGGACCAUCACACCCCUUAGGUUGCGGCCCUUUUCCGGACUCUGCGUGAAGCAGGAUGCAUCGUGCAUCGGGCUGCUCUUUUAGUUAGCGUAAAUCCCUCAAAUUUUUGCAAAUAAGGUGCUUGCAUAUUAAGUAAGUAAAAUUUUGUAAUGCUUCAUGAGUUGAGAAGGUUAUGAUUUAUGAAUAAUCUGUACUUGAAAGGAUGAUCUUGUUGGGAUAUAUAUUCUCAUUUGACAAUAUUGGCCUUUUUUAGGCUUUGGCGAAAGAUUA